CAUUAUUUCCGAUAUGUGAGCAGCGGGUUUCUCGUCGUCAGUCAGACCAGAAGCGCUCCAACCACCAACAUGAUUCGGUUGUUCAGGAAAACAAUCACCGUAUCGCAAGCAUUCGUACUGCUGGGAGCUCUCUCUAUGGUCAUUUACUUAAGUAAAUACAAUAUUAUUCAUCCCAAUAUCCCCAUUCUCCUAGUUUCUGAUGUAAAAAAUGACAGUCAAGUGAUGCCUCUCACCACAGUCAGUUCUCACGGAUCCACAAGUAAAGUCCAAGUCAUGGAAAAAUGUGAUGCCAACAUGUCUGUCACCAGUUUGACAGACUUUGCCUCUCUUCCCGAUGCUAUAAAAAAUUUUCUCUUCUAUCGUCACUGUCGUCAUUACCCCAUGUUGCUAGAUCUCCCUGGCAAAUGUGGAGGCAUUAACCAAUCCGAAGAAGUCUUCCUUCUGCUGGUUAUUAAAAGCUCCCCCAACAAUUACGACCGCCGAGAGGUGCUGCGCAAAACCUGGGCUAAAGAGAGGAUGCACAACGGUGUGUGGAUCCGAAGGAUCUUCAUCUUGGGAUCGUCUGGUGAUGGUUACGAAAAAAUCAAACUCAACAAGCUUCUCCAGGCUGAGCAAGAGGAGUUCAACGACAUCCUCCAGUGGGACUUUCAUGACACUUUUCACAACCUCACCUUGAAGCAGACGCUCUUCCUGGGUUGGAUGGAACGAAACUGUCCGAAGGUUCGCUUUCUGUUCAAUGGUGAUGAUGAUGUGUUUGCCAACACGGACAACAUGGUUGAGUAUCUCCAAAGCCUUGACAAUAAUGGAAGCAAACAUCUCUUCACUGGUUACUUGUUCAUAAAUGAAAUUGUUGUUCGAUGGAAGGGAAGCAAGUACUUCAUUCCAAAUGUGAUACAGGAGACAAAAACAUAUGCCCCUUACUGUGGAGGCGGGGGCUAUCUACUCUCUGGCUACACGGCAUUGGUGAUAUACAAAAUGUCUCAGAGCAUUACCAUUCAUCCCAUUGAUGACGCUUACAUGGGCAUGUGUUUGGCCAAAGCAGGACUUGAACCUUCUUUGCAUGUCGGCGUAAAAACCCUUGGACUGAAUAUGCCUUCGAAAGGACAGGAUGGACUUGAGCCUUGCUAUCUGAGACAGCUGUUGCUCGUGCACAGAUUCCUUCCAUCUGAGAUGUAUUUAAUGUGGAAACAAGUAAACGACCCACAUUUGGACUGUAGACCUUCUACUAAACUCUAAAAGAAUCAAUUUGUCACUUCCAUUUGGCAAAAGAGCUUGAGAACAUAAAGUUGGAGUGACAUGUUUUGUCUUCAUAAGUUGUGGCAUUAUUUGUUUUGUGUAAUAUUGUCACUGAGACCAUUUUUAAAGAUGGUCAUGUGCCAUAGUGGCUUUUAUGUAAGCGAAACAGGAAACUAGAAAGAGGUGCACAACAUGCCGUACAGGGUCCUGGUUGGGGAAACGUCAUAACAUAGCACAGCACAUAACUGAAUAAAUUAUGUAGUUGUAUUUUUGGUUGCAAUUCAUAAUACAGACCAGUAUGUUGUAAGUAACAGGUACAAACAUGGUAGUAUGUAUCUGGAAAGUACCUUGUUUGUCACAGGCAUGUAUAUUUAUGUAGGCUGUAGUAUUGCAACCACUUUUUAUUUGUAUGGUUUAUGGUGUGGCAUAUUGUGUACAUUCAGCUUGCUACCAAGUCAAGUAGCAAAACGACUUGAUAUCUGCUGAGAAUCAAAAAAAAAAAAAGAAGAUGGACAAGAUGGGACACAAGGAGCUGUGUCUGUAUCCUCAACAAAACCAUCAGAGAGUGAAAAACCUCACGGUUGUUUGUGAAAAGCAAACGGGAAUCCAAUAAAGUGUACAGGCUGGUUUUCCUAGCCCAGCAGUUGAUUUAUUUUUAUUUAUUUUUAUUUUUUUGUUUAGUUUUUUUACAAACUUAACUUAUUAUGGCCUAUAUUCGUUAGGAUGAUUUGAGCUGUAUUGUCCCAGUUGUUUCCAACAUGAACACCAACAUGUUCUUGUGAAAGGGCACAAACGCUGUUGAGUUUAAAUGUGUAUCGUUACUUGACCAGGAAAAACAAAAGCAGUGCAGUCCUUUGAGUACAAGAACAUUGUAUUUUGAAGGUUAGUAUCUAAUCAGUUGUUUGUUUAUAUUUGAAUACUUAACUUUAUAAAAGUACAUUCAAU